GAAAGCAGCCGGAAGCGCCCCUCCUUCCCUCCACGAUCCCCGAUGGAAGAUUUCUUCUGGCUCGGCCGGGGUGGAGGCGGCGGCGCUAAUGGCGGAGUCAUCUUCAGGUCAACCUCCUCCUUACACCUCCAGCGCCGACCUCGCGGUGGCGGCAGGGUCAGCUGGAAUUUUCCUAGCUUCCUCGUGCGCGCGACCGCUGGGCGGUUUGUGGCCUCGCCAAUGCUGGCUGAUGCAACGCCGGAUACGGACGCCCGCCAGAUAGCGGAUCCACCCUACAACUGGGGUUACUCCAAGCCAGUUGUCGUUCUCGAUGUGGCAUGGAACUCCUUGUUCGUGUUGGUCUCCGCGGCGGUUCUGCUCUGGGCGUCGAGGGAGAGGCCUGAGACGCCGAUUAGGGCUUGGGUGUUAGGUUACGCAGUGCAAUGCUUGCUUCAUGUGGGAUUUGUUUGUUGCGAGUAUAGUAGGAGACUGCGGAUGAGGGAGAGAAGGAGCCGAUGGGUUGCGUUGAUGGAGGAGGAAGAGGAGGAGGAGUUCGAAGCGGAUCAGGAGGAGAGCAGGGCUGUUAAGAAAUUGGAGUCCCUUAAUGCAAUAAUGUCAUUGUUCUGGUGGAUGCUUGGUUUCUAUUGGAUAGUUGUUGGUGGCCAGGCUCUUCUACAAGAUGCACCUCGUCUCUAUUGGUUGACCGUGGUGUUUCUAGCAUUUGACAUGUUCUUUGCAGUAUUUUGUGUCAUGUUGGCUUGUGCUGUUGGGAUAGCCCUCUGCUGUUGCCUGCCGUGCCUUAUAGCUUUCGUUCAUGCUAUUGUGGGCCAAGAAGGUGCUUCUGAUACCAACCUCAGCAACCUUCCCAGGUUCCGUUACUGUCAGAACAAUCAACUACACAAACUUGGCCAAGAAAAUGAAAAUGAAAUUUCCAUCACAAUAGCAGAGGAGGAUUCUUCCCUGAUGGAUCUUUGCCUCCCUCCAGAAGAUUCGGAAUGCUGCAUUUGCCUCUCUAAUUACGAAGAUGGCGUGGAGCUACACUCACUUCCCUGCAACCAUUACUUCCAUUCAGAUUGCAUUGUUAAAUGGCUCAAGAUUAGUGCCACAUGCCCCCUCUGCAAGUUCAAUAUACUCAGAGGAUCAUGAUGAACAUCUAUUAAGGGACAGUAACUGUUGAUAAAUGAGAAAAGAACUUUCAUAAUCAUCAUGGUCAACCUGUAUUUUUACCGAGCUAUUUGGGGUCAGGUAUAUAUAAUCUUAUUUAACCAUAUGAUAGUGGAAUUUUUUUUCUUA